AUGAGGAAUGGCUUGUCUCCUUCGGGCACAAUUUUACUGAUUCUUUGGAUACGACAGGUCGUCGAUCCUCAGGCAGCGCUCCUGGCGACAUCUGAGGUUCAUCGAUUCCUAGCCAGUAAUCCACCUCGUCCACCAUUCAAGAAAAUAGGGUCACAUCAAUCUGUCAACCUAAAGAACUACCAGCGUGUUCGGCAAGACUUCCAACAUUACGUUACAACCACGAUCCCAUACAUUGAAGCCUUUUCUCCUCCAGAGACCUUUAUCAAAUCCGUCGUACCAAAACUUCGAGCCUUCGGCCUGACCAAGACAGAAGCCCUCAUGUUGAUAAAUCUAGGGGUCGGACUUCCUAGGAAUCAAUACUCGCAAGCUGCUGCUGCAGAAACAGAGACGGGAGCAACAAAUGGUGAUGUCGAGGAAGGAAAUGAAGAAGCUGCUGCACAGGAAGUGCAAGAGCCAGAUGACCGUCAGCUGCUAUCACUAGUGAUUGAGGAACUUGAAGAAAGAUUUCCGGGCGAACAAGGCGAGGCCAAAAUGGAGAAAAUACUACAGACAAUGAAAGCCGAAUUCGAUCGAGCCCAUGCCGCCACGAAUGGACACGGAACGAAAGGGUCCUAA